UGACUUUCCAGCCUACACAAUCGAAUUUGACGACAAUUAAGAGCACCCACAACGACUCCAAAUUCAUUUAGCAUUCUUACAUCUACUAGUCUUGCCAUUCCUUUCAUCUCUGCAUUAUGAAGGUUCUUUUGUUUGUCUCUGCACUUGUUGCACUCAUCAUACCUGCGCUAGCUGGAACUGUUCCUCUCGAAUCCAAACAGUCCAUCGUAGGAUUGUGGGGAAAAUCAACCGAUAUUUCCGUUCUAUAUUGCUACAUGGAUGCUACUUGCAUGCAAAUGCGAGAGCAUUGGCAAUCCUGUCAAGUAGAUCUUUUCAAAGACGUCAAUGCACCCAUCGGCAAUCCCAUCGCUCGCAACGAACUGGUAGCAAGCUGUCUUUGCAACGCCGGUAUGCCUGACUUGACAUCCGAGUGUCUGGCCUGUAUCAGUCUUGCUAGCCAAAAUUUCGUGGUCCAAGAAACUUUGCACACGCUUGCUCAAGAUGUGUGUGAUAAGAAGAUUACUCUUGGUCAAUAUGAAAAUCAUGCCUCGCAAUUUGGUAGCGCGGUGAAGUUUCCUCUUAUCUUGCCAUCGCUUUGGCUUAAUGGUACGAAGGUUACAUCUCCGGAUCAAAUUGUUGUGGAGAAGUGAAAUCUUCAGUCGUGUUCAAUUCGAUAGCUUCCUGGUGGAGAUCGAUUUCAGCAUGCGGAAAAAAUGGGCGCACUCAUGAAGUGCAGGUCUACUAUGACGAAAUCAUUUUAUUGGUCCUUUCUUGAAUUUGCGAUAGUGGUCAAGAGAUUCGGCGGCGUUGCUUUCCAGGGAAAGCCCACUCUUCAGAUUUAAGGAU